GGUCGGGAGCCCGAGGCCGGGACUCUGAUGUCACCGCGCGGCCGCGGGCGCCCAGGAGCGCGUCUCGGGUUGGAGCUCAGGUACUCGCCACUGGGGAAUCCUGGCCUCUCCGGUCCACGAUCGCGCUGUCCCCUGCGCGCGUUCUGAGCCCUCCUUCCCCGACGGUGAACCCAACCAACAGGAAAGGCCGAGAAAUGCGCCGGCCAGGGGCCAUCCGCUCUCCCAGCGUCCCCGAGGCCUCGCUCUCCAGCCGCACCGCGUGACUUUGUCGCCCCCUGUGGCCGCCAGGCCUGCGCCUCUUUCCUCCCUGGAGCGCCUCGACUCAGCUUGAAGCCCGAGGCCCCACGGAGCUGGCCAGCCUCCGCCCGCGUCCGCGCAGCCAUGGAGGCUCUGGGUCCUGGAGGCGACUGCGCCUCGCCGGCCUCGUCCACUCGCAGCCUGGACCUGCGGCGGCUGUCCGCGCGCGCCGACUCGGCCUACAGCUCUUUCUCCGCCGCCUCCGGCGGUCCUGAGCCGCGCACGCCGUCGCCGGGGACCCACCAACUUCCCUACCUGGACUGGGACUACGUGCGCGUGGUGUGGGGCGGCCCGGCCCCCGCCGCCGGGCUUCGCACCUCCCCGCAGCCCCGGCCCGCGGCCGCCGCACGUAGUGGGCCUCGUCCCCCCGAGAUCCGGGGGACCCCGGGGCCGCUCAGCCGCCAGACCACCCCGCUGCUGUACGCGCUGGCGGCCGAGGCGGAGGCCGCGGCGCGGGCAGCCGAGCCGCCCAGUCCGCCCGCGUCGCGGGCCGCCUACCGCCAGCGGCUGCAGGGCGCGCAGCGGCGAGUGCUCCGGGAGACGUCCUUCCAGCGCAAGGAGCUCCGUAUGAGCCUGCCCGCCCGCCUGCGGCCCGCGGCCCCCGCGCGGCCCUCCGCCGCGCACCCGCGCUCCGCCUUGCUCAGCCACCCCGGCGGGGAAGUGGAGCCGGCGCGCCCCGGGGCUCCCGCGCCGGGAACCGCCGGCAGGGGACGCCUCGCCAACCAGCAGCGGAAGUGGUGCUUCUCAGAGCCGGGAAAGCUGGAUCGCGUGGGUCGGGGCGGUGGGUUGGCGGGGGAAUGCUCGGGGGAGGCCUGCCCCAGCUCUGGCCUCGCCAGGCCGGAGACCCGGGAAUGGCAGCAGCGGACGCUGGCAGAGUUCGAAGGUCACCAGAUCAGAUGGCUGCCUGCGACCCAGCCCCGAAGCAUAGAGGACCCGAAACCCCGGGCCUUGAGGCUCAGCAAUGCCUAUAGGCCUAACGGUCGGAGUCGGAGCGCUUCGGGGGAAGUCUUGUCCCCCUGGGGAAGUCCAGGAGGGGUCAUGCCCAUUGCCCAGGCUGUUCCCCAAGGAGCAGAAACCCCCAGACCAUUGUUUCAGACCAAACUUUCCAGGUUCCUGACUCAGAAGGAAGUUGCAGUGGUGUGUUCUGCAGAGGGCCUCCAGAGCAGUCCCUCUGACUGUGAGCAGAGGGCCUCAGAGAACUGCAUUGUGUCUGCCCGGCUCCCAUCCCUUCCUGAUGAUGAAGUUUUCCUGGAAGAAGCCCCGCUGGUCAGAAUGAGAUCACCUGCAGACUCCCAUGCUCCCCUGGGGCUCCCAAACAGUGUCCAUGCCUCUGACCAGCAGUACGGAGCUGGCUUGGGUCAGAGGGCUGACCAGGCUAUAAUCCCCUCAGAGCAGCCCCUCCAUGAGCACCCAGAGACUGCAGGGGCGGAUGACUGUUGGCAGGGGGUAAACGGUUCUGUGAGUGUCUCCAGGCCUACAUGCUGUAGUCCCCCUGGGACUGCAAAUGGUGACAUUGCAACCUUUGACCCCACUGGACUGCUGACCACUGAUCCCCCCACAGCUGCAGAGACUGACCCCCUCAAACCUCUCCCAGGUGAUGCCCUGAGACCUCCAGGCAAUGAUACCCCGGGGCCUUCUGACCACACUGCCCAGGCUUGGGGCACUGGCCAGACUGGUUCCAGGUCAACAUGGCCCAGUCCACGCCUCGAGGAGCUGGUUCAGGAGCUGGCCAGAUUGGAUCCCUCUCUGAGUGACACUCUCACCUCCUAUCCCAGCCCAGAGCCAUCCCUGGGCCUGCUGGAUGGGCUGAUUCCUUUAGCCGAGGUCUGGGCUGCAAUGAGGCCAGCCUGUGGAGAGGCUGGAGAGGAAGCAGCUGGUACUUCUGAGUCAGGCUCUUACCUACUUAACUCCACCCAGCGCCUGCCAGCUUCUCAGGAGGAGACAAGGCCUGAAAACCUUACCACCCACGUUGUGCCUGACAAGCCAUGCAGCCCGGGUCUCCCCGAGCCAAAUUACAGCAUCCAAGCCAAGAAAGUGGAGCUGGCGGACCUCCUCCAAAAGACGCUAAGGGAGCUUCAGGCCGAGCAGGAGCAGCUGCAAGGAAAGGCCCAGGCUUGGGCCAGGCGCGGGGCUGCCCUGGAGGCCGCGGUCGGCCAGGCCUGUGCACCCCACGAGCUCGAGCGGUUCAGCCGGUUCAUGGCCGACCUAGAGCGCGUGCUUGGCCUCCUGCUGCUGCUGGGCAGUCGCCUGGACCGCGUGCACCGCGCCCUGGCCCGGGCGGGCGCAGACGGCGACCCUGACGAGCAGGGUUGGUUGGAGGGAGAGGAGACAAGUCAGAGGAGCACUUCAAUUUAAGAUGCAAAAUGGCCAUUUUUUUCCCUCUCAAUAAAACGUUGAUGUGAGAAGUGUGCCUAUCGCCUGGAGCCUGGCUUGGAGGAGCGAUCUUGUUUGCAAACUACAGACGCCUGCCAGACUAGAGCAGAAGAGAGAUUUGUUGGAGGACAUCACUCAGGCCUGGGGAUCCCUAGAAAGACUGAAGAAACAGGCUUGAAAACUGGAGGGGCCAAGCAGAUGCUGUCACCAGUAGUCCCUAACUAUUCUGGUGACUGCAUUAUUACCACGAAAGCCUAGGCCUGAUUGGCUGAGGCCAGGUCUCUUUUGCUGGUUUUUACCCAAGCCUCCGACAUGAGUAGUAUAGUGGAAGUGGGGGACUGCCUCCCUUCAAGACUCAAGGGAUAGGGAACUUCCCCAAAUGGAAAAUGGAUUCAGAUGCUUUGCUGCCUAAAAACUCUGAUGAAUGUCAAGUACACUUGGACAUUUGGGGGACAUUCAUUCCAAGACCCAGAAAGAACUUUCUUCCUCUUCCAAUUAUGUUGGAUAAUUGGAUAAAAUGAAUUUAUCCGCCUUUCCUUUGGCGUCCCCACUAGGUCACCCAGGCUUAAGGAGGGCAGUUGGAGGGAUGGGAGCUGAAGGUAAGUCAUGGGGGACCUGGUGACCUAUUAUUGUGGGAUGGUGCUGAGGACCGACCUGCAGAGGCAGCUUUUCUUGUGU